GGCGGCGCGAGCGGAGGAGGCGGAGGUGCGGCGGCUCCCUCUGAGGCCCAGGAGGAGCAGCAGGCAGUUUCCCAGAAGCCCCGUCGCUCCCCAGUCUUGAUCUCGCAGCUCUGUGAAGACCCCUUCCUCCUCUCCCGAAAAUGUCAAGUUCCGGCUACCCUCCCAACCAAGGAGCGUUCAGCACAGAGCAGAGCCGCUACCCGACCCACUCGGUCCAGUACACCUUCUCCAGCGGCCGACAUCAACAGGAGUUUGCCGUUCCCGAUUUCCGCACUUCUCACUUGGAAGUCAGCCAGGCCACCCAGCUUCUCCAGCAGCAGCAGCAACAGCAGCAGCUCCGGCGGCGGCCCUCCCUCUUGUCCGAAUUUCAUCCUGGCUCCGACAGGCCUCAGGAGAGGAGGUCCGGCUAUGAGGCUCAGUUCCACCCGGGUCCGUCGCAAGCCGACCAUGACCCGCUGGACUCCAAGCGGCCGCGCCUCGACCAGCUUUCGGACUCCCAUUACCAGCGAGUCAGCGCCGCCUCUGUUCUGCCGCUGGCCCAUCAGCUGCAGGAGGGAUUGCGAUCCUCGGACAUGAAGAAGGACUCUGCCUUUGGAGGGAAGCAUGAAGGGCCCCCAUCGCCCCUGUCAGGCCAGUCCUGCGGAGAUGACCAGAAUGCUUCUCCGUCCAAGCUGUCCAAGGAAGAGUUGAUUCAGAGCAUGGACCGGGUCGACCGGGAGAUUGCCAAGGUGGAACAGCAGAUCCUCAAGCUGAAGAAGAAGCAACAACAACUCGAAGAAGAAGCCGCUAAACCUCCGGAGCCAGAGCGGCCGGUCUCCCCUCCUCCCGUCGAGCAGAAGCAUCGCAGCAUCGUCCAGAUCAUAUACGACGAGAAUCGGAAGAAAGCAGAAGAAGCUCAUAAGAUCUUCGAAGGCCUCGGGCCCAAAGUGGAACUGCCGCUCUACAACCAGCCCUCAGACACCAAGGUGUACCAUGAAAACAUCAAAACGAACCAAGUCAUGAGGAAAAAGCUGAUUCUGUUUUUCAAGCGGAGGAACCAUGCGCGGAAGCAGCGGGAGCAGAAGAUCUGCCAGCGUUACGACCAGCUGAUGGAAGCCUGGGAGAAGAAAGUGGACCGGAUUGAGAACAACCCGCGCCGCAAGGCCAAGGAGAGCAAGACCCGGGAGUACUACGAGAAGCAGUUCCCCGAGAUCCGGAAGCAGAGGGAACAGCAAGAGCGUUUCCAACGGGAGACCAGCAACAAAAUGUUGCAGCGUGCAGAGCCUCCUGUCCAGGGUUCCAGCAGGGUUGGUCAGAGAGGGGCCGGUCUCUCAGCCACCAUCGCGCGGAGCGAGCACGAAAUCUCGGAGAUCAUCGAUGGCCUGUCGGAACAGGAGAAUAACGAGAAACAAAUGCGCCAGCUGUCCGUCAUUCCUCCGAUGAUGUUCGACGCGGAGCAGAGGCGGGUCAAGUUCAUCAACAUGAAUGGGCUGAUGGAGGACCCCAUGAAGGUCCACAAGGACAGGCAGUUCAUGAACGUCUGGACGGACCACGAGAAGGAGAUCUUUAAAGAAAAGUUUGUCCAGCAUCCAAAGAACUUUGGCCUCAUUGCUUCGUAUUUAGAAAGAAAGAACGUGCCGGACUGUGUCUUGUAUUACUACUUGACCAAGAAAAACGAACACUACAAGGCCCUGGUGCGUAGGAACUACGGCAAACGGCGAGGGAGGAACCAGGUGCGUUGCGUUGAGUGUUACGACCCGAUGGUUUUCUCACGACUGAAAAAGCAACAAAUCACUCGGCCUUCCCAAGAAGAAAAAGUCGAAGAAAAAAUCGAGGAGGAGAAGGCCGAGAGGACUGAGAAAAAGGAGGAAGAAAAGAGAGAUGAAGAGAAAGACGAGAAAGAGGAGUCAAAAGAGAAUAUCAAAGAGAAGGACAAGAUCGAAGCUGUCCCUGAGGAACCUGAGGAACGGGAACAGGUCGCUCCCCGGGGCCGAAAGACCGCCAACAGCCAAGGCCGCCGGAAGGGGCGCAUCACCAGGUCGAUGACGAAUGAAGCGGCGGCUGCUAACGCCGCGGCGGCUGCGGCCACGGAAGAGCCACCCCCUCCGCUGCCUCCGCCACCGGAGCCCUCUUCUGCGGAGCCAGUGGAAACGUCCCGCUGGACUGAAGAAGAAAUGGAAGUUGCAAAGAAAGGUUUGGUGGAACACGGGCGCAACUGGGCCGCCAUUGCCAAGAUGGUGGGGACGAAGAGCGAGGCCCAGUGCAAGAACUUCUACUUCAACUACAAGAGGCGGCACAACCUCGACAGCCUCCUUCAGCAGUACAAGCAAAAGUCCUCCCGAAGGCCCCGCGAGGAGCGCGAAGUGUCCCAGAGCGAAAGCGUGGCGUCGACUGUCUCUGCGCAGGAAGACGAAGACAUUGAAGCGUCCAACGAGGAGGAGAACCCAGAAGACAGUGAAGGUGCUGAAAAUAGUUCAGAUACCGAGAGCGCGCCAUCACCUUCUCCAACCGAAGCUGCCAAGCCUAUGGACGAUGCCCCUACCGAGAGCAGCUCUUCCCGGGUGACCACUGAGGCGGCGGUGGAAGAGGAAUCCGCUGUCAAACCGGCCCCUGACGCGUCCCCUCCCUCGGAGGCCCAGCAUGUCAAGCCGGACGAAAACGGGAGCGCGGAGUUGCAGGUGAAGGAAGAGGCGACCACCGAGGUGGAGGAACCCAUGGAGGUGGAGAACCGGAGCCAGUCGGGCGACACGAAACCCGUCGCCAACCUUCCUGCGAGUACCAAAGUGGAGCCGGUCGACAGCGAAGCGACGGGGCUUCCCGAAGACGUUCACGUGAAGACGGAGAACGACGCCAAAGAGAGGGAUGAGGAAGGGCCGAAGGAGAAGUCUGAGCCCGAGGGGAUGGACUUUGGCCUCCCUCCCCAGGCCAGCGGUGCCCAGCGGUUGGAUCCCAACUCGGACAAUGACUCAAGUGCCACCUGCAGCGCGGACGAAGAGGUGGAUGGGGACCCCGAUAGGCAACGAAUCUUUACAAUGGACUCCAAGCCUUCCUUGUUGAACCCGACUGGGCCUCUGAUGGUGUCACCCACCAUAAAGCAAGGGUCGAUGGAUCUCCAGCAGCUCCAACACCGGGCAGCGGUCAUCCCACCAAUGGUCUCUUCUUCAAUGCCAGGGCUGCCCCAGGGGAUAACCAUGAGCGGCUACACGCUCUUCCAGCAGCACAUCAAAGCCAUGCACAAGUCCACCAUGUUGGAGGAUCAGCAGCGUCAGCGGCAAGAGCAGAUGGAGGUGGAGUGCCGGCGGUCGGCCAGCCCCUGCGGCCCGGCCAAGAGUCCAAACGUCGAAUGGGACGGGAAGCCUGUUGCCUACAUGCCUUAUGCCGAAGUGAAGCGUGCCAUGGAGCAGGAAGCGCAGAUGCAGAACGCGGUGGUGAGGUCCUCUUCGCCAUAUCGCUUAUCCCCAAGGGAGGUCAGCAAAGCCUCGCCCCAGCCGGACAUGAACGCCGCCCGCUACAGCGUCCCACCAGUCCUCCAGCCUGCUCCUCAUCAGGUAAUAACCAAUCUCCCCGAAGGGGUCCGGCCUCCGACGACGCGGCCGACCAGACCUCCUCCGCCGCUCAUCCCCUCCUCCAAAACAGUGGUGCCCUCAGAGAAGCCAUCCUUCAUCAUGGGUGGAUCCAUCUCACAGGGGACACCCGGCACGUACCUAACAUCCCACGGUCAAGCGUCUUAUGGUCAAGAACCCCCCAAGCCCUCCGUCGGCUCCAUCUCCCUCGGACUCCCGAGGCAACAGGACUCGGCCAAGUCAGCUUCCAUGCCCUACAUCAAGCAAGAGGAGUUCUCCCCGCGGAGUCAAAACUCGCAGCCUGAAGGCCUGUUGGUUAGAGCCCAGCAUGAGGGAGUGGUUCGAGGGACGGCAACCACUAUCCAAGAAGGAAGCAUAACCCGAGGGACGCCAGCCAGCAAAGUGUCUGUCGAAACAAUGCCAUCCCUGCGAGGUUCCAUUACCCAGGGGACUCCAGCUUUGUCCCAGUCUGGGAUCGCGGCUGAUGUGCUGCUGAAGGGAACCAUCACACGCCUGGCCACAGAAGACAGCCCAGAGAAAUGCCGGGAGGAGGCCGGAGCAUCGAAAGGCCACGUCAUUUACGAGGGCAAGAGUGGGCACAUCAUAACCUAUGACGCCAUCAAAAAUGUCCGGGAAGGAACCCGAAGUCCACGGACGGCUCACGAAAUGAGUCUGAAGAGGACAUACGAUGCCAUGGAAGGAAACAUCAAGCAGGGGAUGUCCAUGAGGGACUCUCCUGUCUCUGCGCCGUUGGAAGGCUUAAUCUGCCGUGCCCUGCCUCGAGGUAGCUCUCACCCCGACUUAAAAGAGAGGACCGUACUGUCAGGAUCUAUAAUGCAAGGCACCCCGCGAGCGACGGCCGAGAGCUACGAGGAAGGCCUGAAAUACCCAAAGAUCAAGAGGGAGUCUCCCCCUACGCGGAGCUUCGAAGGCGCCAUCACCAAGGGCAAGCCCUACGAAGGGGUCACCACCAUCAAGGAGAUGGGCCGCUCCAUCCAUGAGAUCCCCCGGCAGGAUCUGCUCAGCCAGGAGAGCCGCAAGACCCCCGAAAUUGUCCAGAGCGCCCGGCCGAUCAUCGAGGGCUCCAUCUCCCAGGGCACGCCCAUCAAAUACGAGAACAGCGCUGGCCAGUCGGCCAUUAAACACAACGUCAAGUCGUUGAUCACCGGCCCGAGCAAACUGUCGCGGGGGAUGCCGCCUCUGGAGAUGGUGUCGGAGAACGUGAAGGUGGUGGAGCGAGGGAAGUACGAAGACGCCAAGCCCGGCGAGGUCCGUUCUCGCCACACCUCGGUGGUCAGCUCCGGCACAUCGGUCCUACGGUCGACGCUCCACGAGGCGCCCAAGUCCCAAGUGAGCCCCGGGAUCUAUGAGGACGCCAACGCGAGGAGGACGCCUGUCAACUACCAGAGCAUGUCCAGGAGUUCCCCGAUGAUGAACCGAGUUUCAGAAGGCGGCAUGUCUUCAGGGAAAUCGGCGAACCACGAGCGGAAAUCCACCCUGACCCCGACGCAGCGGGAGAGCGUCCCCUCCAAAUCCCCUGUCCCCGGGGUGGAUCCGGUGGUCACCCACAGCCCCUUCGAUCCCCACCAUCGCGGGGCUACCCCCGACGUCUACAGGAGCCACCUGCCUGCCCACCUGGAUCCGGCCAUGCAGUUCCACAGGGCUCUGGAUCCGGCCACAGCCUACAUGUUCCAGCGUCAGCUGUCACCCACCCCUGGCUAUCCGAGCCAAUACCAGCUCUACGCCAUGGAGAACACGCGGCAGACCAUCCUCAAUGACUACAUCACCUCCCAGCAGAUGCAAGUCAACCUGCGGCCGGACUUGGCCCGGGGGCUCUCCCCCCCGAGAGCAGACCUUGGGCCUUCCCUACGCAGGAGCCAGAGGAAUUAUUGACCUGAACAGCAUGGCCCCCACGAUCCUGGUGCCCCACCCAGGCGGACCGAGCACCCCUCCGAUGGAGAGGAUCACCUACAUCCCCAGCACUCAGCUUGCGUUCCCAACCAGGCCUUACAACCCUCCCUCUAUGU